AUGCAGGAACAGGACAGCGGUCUUCAGCUGGUGCACCUGCUGCUGGCGUGCGCCGACUUCGUGUCCAAGGGCGACCAGCCCUCCGCGCUCCGACAUCUCCACCUUCUCCGCUGCAUCGCCUCCCCACUCGGCGACUCCAUGCAGCGCGUCGCCUCCUACUUCGCCGAUGCUCUCGCCGCUCGCCUCUCCUCCUCUUCCGCAGCUGCUGUCUCCCCACGCGGUGCUGAUGCCCCCUACCCGUUUCCGCCAUCGCCGGACACCCUGAAGAUCUACCAGAUCCUGUACCAGGCGUGCCCUUACAUCAAGUUUGCUCACUUCACUGCAAACCAGGCCAUUUUCGAGGCCUUCCACGGGGAGGACCGCGUCCAUGUCAUCGACCUCGACAUCCUCCAGGGCUACCAGUGGCCGGCGUUUCUCCAGGCGCUCGCAGCUCGGCCGGGUGGCCCACCCAUGCUGAGGCUGACAGGAGUGGGCUACCCGGCCGCAGCGGUGAGGGAGACCGGGCGGCAUCUCGCUUCGCUCGCCGCGUCGCUGCGCGUGCCGUUUGAGUUCCACGCCGCCGUGGCGGACAAGCUGGAGCGACUGCGCCCUGCCGCUCUGCAGCGGCGCGUCGGUGAGGCGCUGGCCGUGAACACAGUGAACCGCCUCCAUCGCGUCCCCGGCGCUCACCUCGGCCCAUUGCUGUCCAUGAUCCGCGACCAGGCGCCCAAAAUCAUGACGCUCGUUGAGCAGGAGGCCGGACACAACGGACCAUACUUCUUGGGCAGGUUUUUGGAGGCCUUGCACUACUACUCAGCGAUCUUCGACUCGCUCGACGCGACGUUCCCGGCGGACUCAGCGCCGCGUAUGAAGGUAGAGCAGUGCCUUCUGGCUCCAGAGAUCCGCAACGUGGUGGCGUGCGAGGGCGCCGAGCGGAUUGCGCGACACGAGCGACUCGACCGGUGGCGCCGCAUCAUGGAGGGCCGUGGAUUCGAGGCCGUGCCGCUCAGCCCGGCCGCCGUCAGCCAGAGCCAGGUUCUGUUGGGACUCUACGGCGCCGGCGAUGGAUACCGGCUCAACGAGGACAAAGGGUGCCUCCUACUUGGCUGGCAGGACCGUGCCAUCAUCGGCGCCUCGGCGUGGCGAUGCUGA